AAACGUUAGUAGAGCACAGCUGGAUGAAGCGAUGAGCCAAAAAGAUUAGUGCCGCACUGAUUUUUUUGAAAUUGCUGUGAUGUGUGACGGUAAAUUCCACGAACGGCCCACACUGUUUCUUGGCCAGUCAUUCUUACAUCGCAAACCUGGAAGUGGAAGGAAUCGUUGGGGGGUACUACCCGUUAGCAUAAAGAGGAGUCAUCCAAAGGAGAAGGAUCUCUUUCAUGCACGCUUCAAACGUAGUCGAGACCUGCGAUUCUACAAACGCGUCUACUUCACAGGAUGACUCCGAGUUAUUAUCACAUACCAGCCCGCCUUCUACACCUCCAAGAGGCCGUACACGUUAUCCUGACACCCUAGCUCGAGUUCCCUUGCAUCGCCGUGGAACAUCCAAGACAUAUGAGCGACUCGAAGAUCUCCUUCGUGAGGCCGGGUACAAAGAAACUCGCGUCUUCACACCAGAAUCCGAACGACACAUAGAUCAUGCAACCGAUAAGCACAUGAGCACUGUGCGUGGUAGCGUAGGUACUGUCGUCGGUUUCCUCGCCGGCCUUGUAAGCCGUAAUUCGAGUUUGGCACGGGAACCAACCUCCAACAAAGAUUUACACUCUCAACCACCAUCGCCGCUUGCCCACAUCAGAGCUCUCCACCCAUCUCCUUCCGCAUCUUCCUAUUCCUUUAACACAUCACCAGAGAGCCUUCGCAAGCAUUCUCGCUUUCAUGCCACACGCAACCUACGCCCUGAAACUCAUGGCCAGUCUCGCGCCCCAACUGCCUACAUGCGUCACCAAUCCUCAUCCAACUUCUCCAAAGACGCUCCAAACGCUCAUGCAUACCUCCGACAUAUGGCAUCAGCGCCUAAUAUCCAACCCCUAGCUAAACGCCCCUCCUCAUCGAACGUCUCCCUCCGGUCACAUCGCACUCCUCGCGCACAACCCCGUUCCUCCCGUCGAACCGUGCUCCUCACAGCAGACGACAUCAUCGAGACAGAAGAUCCUCCGCCGCUCCCUCGUAACUGGAUGGAAUCCGUCGCUAAAGCCCUUCUCUCUGGUGUACCUGAGACUGCUUCUACGCGAAAAACGAGCUCGACGUUCUCAGAGACGACGAAUAAACCCAGGGAACAGAGACAGCCACCAUUGCUAUGCGCACAAGUGCGGGAGCAGCGCGCGGGUACGACUGAGGGGAAGGUGAGCCAGACGAGCGUCGUGUGUAGGUCUGCGCCUGCGUCGCGUGCGGGAUCGAGGGUGCGUAGAACCGGUGCUGAAGACGAUGAAUCGAUACAUAGACGUGAUGAGAGACGAAGGAAGAACAAGCGAGAUGAAGAAUUAAGGAAAGGAAAGGGGAAGGGGAAGGGGAAGGGGAGACGCAAGGAAUCAGAUCUAGUUCCUUCAUUGGCCCGUACGAGGGUCGAGAACGACGAAUGGAGUAUGAGCAGGUACCUCUCCGCCAGCCAUAGACAGGAAGUACUGUGUUCUUCCGGCUCAUCCUCUGAAGAUGUGGACGAUGACGAAGAAGACGAAGGAGAACUAGACCUAGAACGACUACUCGUCCCAGCCAGACGGCAAGCCUCCAUUCGCAGUCUCCGAAAACAUCUUCACCCAGCCAGUACAGCGGGCAGCGUACGAGGGCUACCUCCAACAUCCACCACCGUCAGCAGUACCACCAGCACCAUCAAUGGUCAUCUCUCGUCUUUCGCAUCAGACUCACGACAACAUAUCUGGCUUGACGACUCCUGGGGUACAGGUAGAGGCCGCCGGUGGGUGGUAGGCGAAGACGAUGACGACGAAGGGGACGGGUAUGGAAACGGGAACGCGAACAGCGCAUUUUCAGCAUCUGAGAUCGAGGGGACUGAUAAUCGUACACCUGCGGGGAUGAAGCGCCGCCGCGGGUUGCCUGGCGCGUGGGCGCAGUGGGGCGGUUAAUAUCGGUGCUACGAUGAUAAGGGACUCCCCCUUCUUCUUUCUGGUUAUAAUCAUUUACAGGAUAGACACACGUGCGGAAUGCCGGUACUUUGGAUACUGGGCUCUCGUUCGCACGUGCAUGCCAUUUUUUCUUUUUCAUCUUUGCUUUCGUUUCAUGCACAUUGUUAUGGUAUAGUACACAUACAUGCUUUAUUGAUAUUGCGCCCUGGGGUAUCUCAGAUCUCACUGGGACGAAGGAUACAAGUAAUUUACUUUGUUUUAACUCGAACUUGAAGAAUAUGGCAUAUAUAGAUGUAAUCGUCGAUGGUUCUUGAGCUUUGUCUCCCGCGAGCAAACCACGUUGAUUUGGAUCAUGGGGGCUAGACUGGUAACAAGUCGAAUCAGGGGCUUUGCAUGGUAUCUGCA